CUGGUGUCUUUAUCGGAAACAACCUCAGAAACGGGAAGAACGUCGGUGAUGGCUGUGGCGCCACUUGCAACAAGCCGGGGGAUGUGACCGGCGGGAGCUGUAUAGGUUCCGCCGGUUGCUGCCAAAUCCCAAUCCAGAAAGGAUUGAGGAUUGUGAAUGUAACUGGUAUGGCCUCGUUGUACGGCCAUGCUCGGGUCUGGUCUGAUAAUCCAUGUGGGUACGCGUUCAUCGGGGAAGCCGGUCGGUUUAAUUUCCGUGGCUCAGAUGACCUUAAAGACCUGAAUUUUAUGCGGAGGGUGAUGGAAAGUGUUCCGGUUGUUUUAGAUUGGGCUAUAGGGAAUGUGAGUUGUGAGGGCGCAAGGAAGAAAGAUGACUAUGCGUGCAAGGAGAAAAGUCAAUGCGUUGACGUUGACUCUGAUUCCGGAGGUUACCGUUGUAGCUGUGACAAAGGUUAUAUCGGUAAUCCUUAUAUCUCUCACGGCUGCCAAGAUAUUGAUGAGUGUGAAGAUCCAAAUGAGAAUCCAUGUGAAAAGAUUUGCACAAACACGGCUGGAGGCUAUAAUUGCUCUUGUCCACAUGGGUACACCGGCGAUGGUAAAAAAAAUGGGCAGGGUUGUGUAGCAACCGGGUCAGAAUUCCCCUGGAUCAAGUUUUCUGUGGGUCUCGGGAUCGGUUUUUUAUCGUUGGUUGCUGGAGUAACAUGGCUAUACUUCUUCGUUAAGAAAACAAGACUAAUCCGACUUCGAGAGAAAUUCUUUCAACAAAAUGGUGGUUUAAUCUUGAACCAGAGAAUAACCACCACACUAGACGGAACCGGAGUAGAUGCGGCGAAAAUAUUCACCGCUGAGGAGUUGAAAAGAGCCACCAACGACUACUCAAGUGACCGUGAACUCGGCCGUGGAGGAAACAGCAUCGUUUACAAGGGCAUCCUACCCGACAAUCGUGUAGUCGCCAUCAAGAAAUCCAAAACUAUGGACGAGAGCAAAAUUGAAGAAUUCAUCAAUGAGGUAGUCAUCCUCACUCAGGUCAACCAUCGGAAUGUUGUCAAACUCAUAGGCUGUUGUCUCGAGGUCGAAGUUCCGAUGUUGGUCUACGAAUACGUCUCGCACGGCACUCUCUACGAGCACAUCCACAAACUCGGCGGCAGUUCUGAUUGGCUUUCAUGGGAAAUCCGAUUAAGAAUAGCCGCAGAAACCGCUGGUGCACUCGCCUACCUCCAUUCAUCGACAGCAAUACCUAUAUUCCAUCGAGAUGUAAAAUCAGCAAAUAUAUUACUAGAUGAUAAUUAUAUAGCGAAAGUUUCAGAUUUUGGCGCGUCCAGAUUAAUCCCUUUGGACCAAACCCAUUUAGCCACUUUGGUGCAAGGGACGUUCGGUUAUUUGGACCCGGAAUACUUCCAAACGGGUCAACUGACUGAAAAGAGUGACGUGUAUAGUUUUGGAAUUGUAAUUUGUGAGCUUUUGACCGGAAUGAAACCGGUUUCAAGAGAAAGAAGCGAGGAGGAGAGGAAUUUGGCAGCUUAUGUGGUGAGAUCCAUGGAUAAAAAUCAAUUGUCAAGAUUCUGGAUCGUCGCGUUUUGAAGGAAGCGGCAUUGGAGCAAGCAGAGAGAGUUGCAGAGCUUGUGAGGGUAUGCGUUCACUUGAACGGCGUAGAUAGGCCUACAAUGAAGGAAGUGGCUAUGGAGCUUGAAAGGUUGAGAAAGUUCAAUAAAGAGACGUGGAAUCGUGGAUUACGAACUCCACGAGAUGAUGUCAUUUUUGUUGGCCAAAUGGAUGGUCAAGAUAGGUCUUCAUCAUCCUCAGACCUAUAUACGCUUCAUUUGAACUCUACGGCUUUGACUAGUGAGUAUUCGGGACAAUACACCACUUCUACUAGUUCCAUAUCCAGAUUCCCCAUUAAUCCAAGUCAACGGUGAUUAAGAUGACAAUCACCAUAAUCAAUUGUAUCAUUAUAUUAUAAAUUGAUCAAUUUUGUGUCUUUUCCCACACCAGAUUAUUAAGUUGUAACACUGAUUUAAAUGGGGUACAUUUUCUCAACAAUUGAAAU